UUUAUCGGCGGCCCCAUUGUUCACUCAGCGGCGGUUAAGCAGUUCACACUGCGCAAUAGAAUAACUUGACGGGUGUUACAGGCAGCUGCCCCGCGACAGUCGUGGACUUUCUUUCAGGGUUGCGACUUGUUCUCGGCCAGCAAGUUAAACAGAAUGGACGAUGACCAGCCUAAAACCCUGUAUGUGGGGAAUCUGUCCCGGGACGUGACAGAGGCCCUCAUCUUGGAGUUGUUUGGCCAGAUUGGACCCUGCAAAAGCUGCAAAAUGAUAGUAGAUACGGCAGGUCACGAUCCGUACUGCUUUGUGGAGUUCUAUGAGUAUAGACAUGCCACUGCCACAAUCGCAGCCAUGAAUGGUCGGAAAAUACUGGGUAAGGAGGUCAAAGUCAACUGGGCCACGACGCCAACCAGCCAAAAGAAAGACACAAGUAGUCACUUCCACGUCUUUGUUGGAGAUUUAAGUCCUGAAAUCACGACGGAUGACAUAAAAGCAGCUUUUGCUCCGUUUGGGAAAAUAUCGGAUUGUCGAGUGGUGAAAGACAUGGCCACAGGUAAAUCUAAAGGCUAUGGCUUUGUCUCCUUCUUCAACAAAUGGGAUGCGGAGAACGCCAUCCAGCAGAUGGGAGGCCAGUGGCUGGGAGGACGGCAGAUCAGGACCAACUGGGCCACCAGGAAGCCUGCCCCGAAAACUACAAACGAGACACCCAACGCCAAGCAGCUAUCUUUUGAUGAGGUGGUGAACCAGUCCAGCCCCAGCAACUGCACCGUCUACUGCGGCGGAGUCACAACAGGUCUCACAGAGCAAAUCAUGAGACAGACCUUCUCGCCUUUCGGCCAAAUAAUGGAAAUCCGCGUUUUCCCAGACAAAGGCUACUCGUUUGUGAGGUUCAACUCCCACGAAGCCGCAGCUCACGCCAUCGUGUCCGUCAACGGGACGUCCAUAGAGGGCUACGUGGUGAAGUGUUACUGGGGCAAAGAGACGACGGACAUGGUUAGCCCCAUCCAGCAGGUACAGAUGUCACAGCAGAACACGGUGAGCUUCGCAGCGCAGCCCUACAGUCAGUGGGGUCAGUGGUACAGCAACACGGCCGCCCAGCAGAUCGGGCAGUAUGUGCCCAACGGAUGGCAGGUGCCGAGCUUCGGGGUCUACGGACAGACCUGGGAUCAGCAGGGCUACAAUCAUUUACACGCCGGAGCCGGAUGGACAGGCGUGGGCGCCGUGAGCAACGGGGCCAUGGUGGAGCCGGGGCAGGGCGUCAACGGCGCCGUGCUCACCAACACGGCCGGCAUGAGCACCGCCGGCUACCACACCCACUGAGCAGCCGUCACAGUAGGGCCACAAGGAUGACACUCUGCUGGGGGGGGAAGGAGUGCAUUCCAUGAGCUCUCUGUCACCACACAAGGUUAUUCUGUUAGAGAAGCUGGUACGCCAUUUUUUAAAAAUCAAACCUUGACCAGCCCAUAACUUCACCCACUGCCCAAAUCUGCAAGUGUCAAGAACCCGAUCCACUCCAGAAAAAAACGUACACAGCGGGAUGCGAACGCACCUCGCAUUCCUCAAGCCCAUUUUAUUGUUUGGCGUAUUUUUGUAAUGCCUGCAGAUAACCGGCCAAAUGUAAAUUAUACGACCGUGUGUAGAUAUUUCUAGCACAGCCACAUUUUUAAUUUAAGCGAAACAUCAACUAAUUAUCGUAAUAAAAAAUAAAAAAAAGACACCACCAGGUUUAGUUUGUUUUCAGAGCCAAAGAGCAAGGGCCGCGUUUUAUAUACCAAUGUUUAACAAGCGUACAGGGAGGAGAGGCUACCGACUUUUCAAACAGACGGCACUCAUUAAUCCACAGUAAGUAAUGCAAUGUGUCGAGGAAGGGGUGCGAUUUUUAAGAUGUUUUUCUUUCUCUCAAUUGGAACCUCUCGCUCUCACCUCUGGUCCGUCCACCCGCCACUAAAGUGAACAUCAAGUCCGAGGCAGCUCUCAGGGUGCUGUCGAAGUCAUUCUGUGAAAUCACUGAGCAGACGAAGGAGGCGGGUUGGGGGGGGGGGGGGGGGCACGCGGAAACCGGAUAACAAUUAAAAAUCAGCGCUCCUUCACUUUCAUCUCCCGGGACGGACUGAACAGACCGACGAGUAUCCUGUCCGUGGAUAAGAAGUGUGUGUGUGCGUGUGUGUGUGUGUGCAUGAACUGAUGCUUUUACACACAAGAACAAUGUCCACUUCACCUUCCCCUGAAACAGAAAGGACUACGCCAUCAUUUCUUUUUUUUUUUAUUGCAACAGAUGAAAUUGUCGUUUUUUGUUUUUUGUUUUUUUGGAGCAACUUUAAAAUGAUGUAUAAAGAGCUUUUGCCUUUUUUCUUUAUUUUUUUUUAGUUUGCGCGUUUCAUUUCGGGACUGUCUUACGAAGAAGAUGUUGCAGUGACACCAUCAGAAGUCAUGAGACGUUUUUAUGUUUGUUUAUAAAACACUUAAGUGGCUGUCAACUGUCAACUUUAUUUUUAAAAUUAGAUUUUCAAUAUCUCAAAUGAACCAAUUGCAGGGAUUACUGCCACUCUUAUCUUACUUGUAGGCAGAUAAAUAUUGCACAAAUACUUAAGGUUAUCUUUUCACAAAAUUUGAAAUACUAGGUUGUUUUUUUAUGUUUUUGCAUUCCAUAAUCUUGUCUGUUUUUAUGUAUAUAACCAAACAGUCUGUUCAAUUGUACUGAAUCUGUAUAAAGACAUGUUAAUGAAGGGAGCGAGCUUGCUUCUGCUUGGGCUCAUGGACGCCACAAACAGCUGUGACAGUAGCAUCCCUGUCCGGCGCUGGUCCGUGUACAGUAGACAUCGUGCGUCAUCGGAUUCUUCCAGCGGCUCGGACGAAAAGCAGCGUUGCUAUGCAAUGCAGGAGCCUUUUCCACUGACCGCUCAUGCGUACUUAAGUUAUUCUGUCCUAAACCUAAAUACUUGUUUUUAUAGAUCAAGAAACAACCAUAUGACGAUCCAAGUUUUUGCUUUGUGGCCACCAACAUUUUUAAUAAGAGUUGGAAAAAAAAAAUCCAUUGUGUUGCCUUAUCAGUGAGAGUAGGCGGGGCCUAAGAAUGUUUUCAACCUUUUUGAUUUGGCGAGGGAGGAUCUGUGGAUGCUUUAGUAACAUGGUUUGAGUUUUUGCUUUGUCCCCAUUAAAAUGAUGCUUACGAAACAGCUCCCAGUUA